AUGCCCGCGGACAGCAAAGCUUUCCUUUUGGUUCUUAGGGAGCAGAUAAGAGAAACGAUUCUUCAGUCUCUUUACGAAGUACCGCAGUAUGCAUACCGGCCACACAUGGACACCAAUGAUGCCAUCCUGAGGGCAACGUAUCACUGUAACGCCAUCCGAGGGCUCCUACAAAGCACUGUCCGCAACAACACGGCUCGUCUCAUGGGUGCCUCCACGCCUGAGCUGUGCGGAGGCCUCCUUGUCAGCCUCGACCUUGCUAAGGCGUUCGAUUCUGUGCCCCAUCAGGAGCUGUACUUCUCCUUGCUGGACUGCGGCGUGGAGUACUCGGUGGCGCAAGUGUUAAUGCAGGUGCACAUCCAAACGCAAUGCGAGAUUGUACAUUCCAAACAUGGGCGGUGCGUUGGUAUGUCGCGCGGCCUGAGGCAAGGCUGCCCCGUGGCCCCCAUCAUGUACGCUGCCUGGACACGGCGAUUCAGCCUUCAGCUCAAUGCUGCUUUCGGAGAGUUCUGGAGCCAUAGGCACUUAAGUAUCUUUGCUGAUGAUACUUUGGUUUUCUGGCCUGUUAGUUCUAGACUUGCGCUGGUCAGAGCCAUUAAAGAGGCGGGCACUCUGAUGCAAAUUCUUUCUUUUGAUGGUAUGACCAUUAAUUACGAGAAGUCAUCCUGUCUCCUUGCCUUGGCGGGUACGCGAAAGAAGCAAGCGCUACAAGCUUACACCGAGUGGCAUCAGAGCAAAGAAUGUCUCCGACUUCGCGUUGGCAGCUCUCAGGUGCGCAUACCCAUCGUCGAGCAGCUCACAUACCUUGGCGUACAGCUCUCGUACGGGAAGUUCGGGGCUCAGACUGUCCAGUACCGCGUUGAGAAAGCCAACAAACAGUUUCAGUCACUUACCUCCGUCUUGCGCUCCACCAGCAAGUUCAGCAAAGCAAACCGUCUCCGCAUUUACAAGGCCUGCGUUUGGUCCUCCUUGCGCUAUGGUUUGCUGGCAACCGGCAUCAACCAGGCAGGCUACAACCAGGUUGUCACCACCCUUUGCAUUCACCUUCGCAAGGUUCUUCGGGUCUUCGAACAUGGCAUUUCCAACCAGCAAGUGCUGCAGCAGGCUGAGCUUGAUCCCCUUGCCUUCUUCCGAGAUCAGGCUGAACAGCUGCGCGCCAGGAUUAUGCAGGAUUCUGCACGAUCUCCCGCGGUCGUUGAGCCGGAGCAGCAGCAGAUUCAGGACAACCACAAGGUAGUUCAUGCCAUUUGCGAUCUUCAGCCCCAUCUCCCCCUGUUGGAAGUAGAUCAGCUUCAUGGCAGCUUUGAGUGCGGCAGAUGCGGACUUCUUUUUGCCACGGAGGAGGGCAGAACCAUGCACGUCAAACACAAGCACCCGGACUUGCACUGUCAGGCUGGGAUCCCCUUUAGCCGUAGGGCACACUCCCUUUUUGGUCUGUCUAUGUGCCGGUUGUGUAGAGUGCAUUUGCAUGAUUGGGGCUCGUUGCGCAAACACAUCGCCAGUGGCACUUGCCAAGUCCUUAAAGAAGCAGCCGCAUGCGGGCAGACAAUCGGGGCUGUCAUGGACAUGGUGGCUGAGCAGGAGCGUCUUCAUCCUCCGAUUCCACCUGCUCCACUCGCGGAGGUUCGGCACGUUGAGGCCCAUGAGCCGUGGAUGAGUUCACCAUUGCCAGAGGCUCUUGCAGACGAGCAUCUUCAUCGGCGACUCGGGCAGGCUUGUGCGCUAUGCGGGCAACGGCUCAUUGGAAUGGCCAAAGUGAAAUCGCACUGGCAGGCGACGCAUCCGAAGGCAUGGAAACUGGCUCAGCACCGGGCUAUGGGUGAGAUGCAGAGUCUUAAGGCCACUUUCACCGUGCCGUGUCGGUAUUGUGGCAGUCAUGCGCGGAGCUCAUCACAGCAUAGCAAGCAGUGUCAUGUGCUUUUUCAGCUUUGUGCCAUUCGUGAAGUGUUCCGCGCGAAACAGAUCGAUGCUGUCCUCUCGGAGUCUACGCAGGUUAUUCGGAGGCAGGACAAGUACAACCCAGAGUAUCUUCGGUGUGAGCCUGCUAACACUCCCAUUGGGAAGGCACUUCGAGCCGCCAUUGCCGAGCCGGACACUUGCAGCAAGGCCCCACAUGCGGCGAUGGCGCCAUCCAGACCCACCGAAACAGCAGCGCUCAGGCUUGCCACAACAUCCACCCGCGCCACAACUGCCCCUUCCGGAGAUGCUAUGGCAUGGACUCUCAGUGCUGUCUUAUCGAAUCCGAAUGUGCUCUGUUAUGUCAACUCUAGCAUGCUUGCGCUGUUGCAUGUUGGGGAGGUUACUGGGAUGCAAGAUCCUAAUCUGGACAGGUUGCGCCAUGAGCUUCUUCAGAUGAGUGCCUCAAACUCGAGUCCCUUGCUGAGUUCGCUGCGAAGUUUUGGGUCCAUUGCUAGAGGUUGGAGAUUUAAUGGUAGACAGGAAGACGCUGCGGAGUUUACCCUGCAUGUUCUCACGGCGCUCGGCCUACGUGGUCUCUGGCAGUCUCGUGUUGAUGAUGAAGGUGGCGUGAGAGUUACCGACCGAGGCACAAUGCUCUACUUUCAGCUCCCGUCCGUGUCCUGCACCCUGCAAGAUUUGGUAGAGGCGUGGACUUUUCAGCAACACGUGUAUGCGCUAUCUGGCGAGUGGGAUAGAGUCCCUGUGGUGCUUGGUAGGUAUGCUCGGGGGCGCAAGAACCAGGCACGAGUUAUUUUUGAUGGUGAUCUCCAGCUACCGGUCUUUGGCCAUGGCAGUGAUCUGCGCCAAGCCAGGUAUAGGGUUGCAGCAGCCCUUGUUCACCUCGGCGAUGAGCCGAACCAUGGACACUACCGCGCUCUCCUCAGAUACCGCAACAGAUGGUACUACACUGACGAUGGGAUUGCCAGCUGCGAGACACAGCUACAGGGGGCUGGACAGGCAGCGGCCAGUGAGCGCAUGGAUGUGGACGCCGUCAGGACCAAAGAUGAUGGCGCAGGUGCUGAGGACUCAGAGUUCGAUGGCCGCGGAGGCAAGUGGGCCAAAGAACAAACCGGCCGUGGCAAGGGACGCAACUCGGGCAGAGGCGGAGGCACCGCAGCCGGAGAUGACAAGCAGCGCAAGGAUCAGAAGUGGACAAACUGGAAUCAGUCGUGGAGUGGCCCGGACUCCGGUCGGGAUUCCGAUCGACAGACCAUUCAGGAUCUGCGCCGGCAGAUAGGCGCGCUCCAGAGGCUCGCGCUACGGCACGAAGAUGCCAUCAAUACCUUACGAGCUGAUUGCUCGUUCGUGUGUUUCCUCCGCACGCACGUGGAUGCUUCUGUAGUCGAGCCACUUGCGCAAGCAAGAUCGGCGUGGGCUGCUCAGAAAGAACGGUCCCCAGAGUCCUUGACAACAGUGUUAUUUCAAUGCCUGGCGACAGAGUUGCUUGCGCGCACUGUGGGUCUGCAGGAGGAGUCCAUUAACCACCUGGCCAAGGUAGGCUGGUUCAACAAGGAGACCCAGAGCUGGCGCUACUUGCGGUGGUCGCAGAGCGAGAAAAAGCUCGAGGUGGACAGCAAGCCGCCCGUACCCCGUCAGUUGGCCCAGGAUGUCAUCCAGGACGUGGUGAAGCUCUCAGCAGAGGAAGGGGCGAUAGCCCGUUUUUACCCCACGCGGCCGCUUCAGCCAGACUUGAAGGGCGAGGCGCUGGCACUGCUAUUGCAGUUUCCGACAAGAGGAGAGACUGCGGACAAGCUCAUUUCCCACAUGAAUCUCCUUUGCGGCUUGGCUGUUACGCAGCUAU